AUUCUCUUUCUGACUGAACAGAGAGAGGAAAGCAGCAAAGAGACAAGUCAGUGGUUGACAGAUUGGGUGGGAACAGAUCCACCAAUGGUCCUCCGAAUCCCUCUGCGUAGAAGUGCCAGCUUCACCCCAGACCACCAGUCUGGGGUGGAGGCACCCACUCCUUCACCACUGAAAGUGGAAGCCAAUGUGGUGGUCCUUGGAGCAGACAGCGUGGGAAAAUCAGGUGAGUUCUGUCACUGGGCGAAAGUAAACGAAAGGUGAGCCAAACGAUGGAAACCUGGAAACUAGAUGCUGCGAAACACCCCCUCAAAGACAGAAACCCUCUAUUUUGGGGACUUCUCAACUUGAUCUGCAUGCAAAACUUAAAUUUAACGUGUGGAGAGUUCUCUUUUGCCUUUCAGAAAAGGUAGCUAGGGUGGAACACAACUCAGCAAUGUUUUGUGAGUUCGAUAUUUACAGUACACAAGAAAAGUUGCAUGAUCCACUAUGAUCCAGUUGUAUGAGUCAAUUGCUAACCUCUCAUCAGAUUUGCUAAAUGAUGUGAAGUGCAGAGGGAAGAUUGCAGUAUUUCACAGCUCACUCAAAUGUCUUCUUUUUAAAAAUUAUUUUUUGUUUCUUAACUCUUUCUCAGUAUAUAUUUCCAGUGGACUUCUGUGCAUGUUUGCUCAGAAGUAGAUCCGGCUGAUUUCAAUGGGACUUACUCUCAAGUAGACGUACAAAUGAUUGCAGCCUUACUUUAAAGAAACUCUAAUCUGAAGCAUAAUGAUUGCAUCCAUACAUGAAAUAUAUUCUGUAAUUUGUCAAUAGCUGCAUCUUUUUUUGUGAGUUUUUGCAUACUAACUUGGAUGUUAAUUGAGGCAUUGCUAGCAAGUGGCCUGUAGGCAAACAAAGUGACCAUCUUGUCAUAGCUAAGCAGGCUUGAGUCUGGUUAAUGCCUGGAUGGGUAACUGUGUGGGAACUAUAUUUAUGUCACCUUGGGUUCUAUGGUGGAAGAAAGGUGGAGCAGAAAUGUAAGAAAUAAAGAAAAAAUAACAGCCCAGUCAUAUGCUCCCCAAGUGUUACGGAACUCGGUAUGAAGGAAAUUCCACAAAAAUUCAAUUGAACUUAGAAAUAAGGCUGCUAUCCUGAAUACAAUUAUUAGGGAGCAAGCUCCACAGAAUGCAGUGAACUGGUGUGCAUGUAACGCUAAACCAAACCAUGGUUUAGUGCAAAUGCACAAGUGUGAAGGUUCCCAGAAAGAAGAUUGUGUGUGCUCCUUGCCCCGUUCUCCUCCUGCUGCAUUUAUGUGAGCGACGCCAUAAUUUGGCUGACUGUAUCAUUUGAGCCCCGGUUCUUGAUUUGUCUCCUCCAAACAAACCGUGAGCUGCAAAAGAGUGAACAAACCUUAGCUAUAAAUGGUUUGUCUAGAAUGAGACAAACCACAAGCUCGGGUUCAAAUGGAAUGCUAAACCAAGCCAUGGCUUAGGCCCAGGUCGUAUGCUGGCAACAAUACCAGGAGAGGAGUUCAGCAGGAUGCAAUUCUCCUCGUGUUCAUGCUAAGCCAUGGUUUGGCACAGCAUUACAUGCAAACCAGCACAGUGGAACUAAACAUGAUUGGGAUUGUUCUAUAAUUAUAGAUGUUUACAGGGGUAGCGACCUACAACUGUGCAAACAUCUUUAAUUGGAAAUGGCCAUAAGCACAUAGUUAUAAACCAUGUGCAAAAUUACGCUUUCGGCUCUGUAAAACUUAAUAUUUUCUCAUCGGGGGGAAAAAAUAGCUGUCAGAUCAGCUACAAAUCCAGCAAACUUAAUUUUGAUAACUUUCAUAUUUGCAGGUUUGAGUUUAUGUCUGUGGUGGUGUGGUUUUGUUCUGUUUUUCUGAGAAUAGAACAAAGGUCCCCCCCCCCAUCUCAAUAUCUGUCCUACAUAACAGUUACAACUCCCACUCUUUUUCACAGCUUUGACAGUGCGCUUCCUCACUAGAAGGUUCAUCGGGGAAUAUGGAGACAUGGGUGAGUGUCAUAAUUGCAUCAUUGCACGGACAGAUUUGUGCCUGUUAAUUUCAUGUCACCCUUGGGGAGGCUGGAUGGUUUGAAAAAACAAGAAAAAAAAUCCCGCUUGCAAAAAUGGAUGGUGUGCAAAGGGCUGGGUUGUUUCCUUCUGCCGUGAAAUGUGGAGCAGGAAGGGAUGGGUAGAUCGGAAUACCAUCCAGUGAGGGGAUUCUAGGAAAAACCAGUGCCAGCAUAUGGGAUUCUCAGGCAGCUGCCAGAGUCUGUCUCUGCGCUGAUGCCUGCUUCUCCAAAUCUGAAACCAGCCCUGGGACCUCCGUCCUGUAGUGGAUCUGCUUUGCAUGCAGAAAGUGCCAGAUUCAAUCUUCUGACAUCUCUAGGUAGGGCUUGGACACCCUAGUCCAGGGGUCAGCAACCUUUUUCAGCUGUGGGCCAGUCCACCGUCCCUCGGACCAUGUGGUGGGCCAGACUAUAUUUUGAAAAAAUAAUAAUGAAUGAAUUCCUAUGCCCACAAAUAACCCAGAGAUGCUUUUUAAAUAAAAGGACACAUUCUACUCAUGUAAAAACACGCUGAUUCCUGGAUCGUCCGUGGGCUGUGUUGAGAAAGCGAUUGGGCCACAUCCGGCCCACGAGCCUUAGGUUGUCUACCCCUGCCCUAGUCUGCCAGUCAGUGUGGGCAGUACUGAGCUAGGUGAGCCAAUAAGGGAACUUCCUAUGACCUCUGCCAUUUUAGCAUCAUAUGGUGGCUCCAACAGAGCACUACUCCUGGGCACUAUGGAAAAUUAAAAUGGCAGCUCUAAGCUAUCCGGCACUGGCUGUAGCACCAUCAACAAGGCCAGAUAAGCCCAUCCAGAUCCACCAGAACCUGGAGGCUGCUUUCCCCAGGACCUGUUCAGUCCUCCAGCUGGUCCAGAUUCUUAGCCUUCUGCUCAGCUGCCACAAGGAAGCCACUUAUAACUAACACUGCAUAGUAGCUGCCUCCACACAGUGUGCCAUUUUGUGUGUACAAUCAAACCUUGGUUGUUGAAUGUAAUCCGUUCUGGAAGCCCAUUCAGCUUCCGAAAUGUUCGACAACCGAGGCACGGCUUCCGAUUGGCUGCAAGAGCUUCCUGCACUCAAGCAGAAGCUGUGCCAGAUGUUCGGCUUCCGAAAAACGUUAGAAAACCGGAACACUUACUUCUGGGUUUUUGUCUUUCGGGAGCCGAAACAUUCCAAAAUGGAGGUGUUUGGGAACUGAGGUUUGGCUGUAUAAAGUUGCCACUAAGGAGGAAGGAGAAAUCUUGAUUCAUAGAAUUGUUGAGUUAGAAGGUACCCUGAGGAUUAUCUCGCCCAACCGCCUGCAGUGCAGGAAUAUUGCUGCUGUCCCAUCCACGGAUUGAAACUGUAUAAAACUUUUCAGUUCUCGUUUCUUGCUUUACGAGGCUGCCAGUUGCUAACACCUGGAGAGGUUGGAAAGGGAGUGGCAGAGGAGCAGACACACAGAGGGGAAGUGAGAGAACAGAACUAUCGGGAGUGGCUUUUUGGCAAACCUGAACUGUAUGCUUUUCCCCCACCCAGAGUCUAUCUACACCCACACUUUGGCAGCGGAAGGCAGAGAGAUCCUCUUCCACAUCUGGGAUUUCCCUUGCUCGCAGGUGAGGGGGUUAUCCUACGCUAUCACUGAUCAGAAGGUUGGUGUUUCAAAUCCCUGCAACGGGGUGAGCUCCCGUUGCUCUGUCCCAGCUCCUGCCAACCUAGCAGUUUGAAAGCAUGGCAGUGCAAGUAGAUAAACAGGUACCGCUGUGGCGGGAAGGUAAACGGUGUUUCCGUGCGCUCUGGUUUCUGCCACAGUGUUCCGUUACACCAGAAGCAGUUUAGUCUUGCUGGCCACUUGACCUGGAAAGCUGUCUGUGGACAAACGCUGGCUCCCUCAACCUGAAAGCAAGAUGAGUGCUGCAAUCCCAUAGUCACCUUUGACUGGACUUAACCAUCCACACUAUCACCUUCAUUUGACUUCCAGUACUUAUACUCCACCUUUGAACAGCUAUGACAAAAGGUUGACAAGAGAUUCAUGGGCAGUGCCAUGAUUGUGGGGGGUGGGGAUUUUUUUUUUAAUAAGAAAGUAAACUAUUUAAAACAAAUGCAAAGCGAGCAACAGUUAAGAAUAUAAAUAUUUCCAGUUGAUCUCAGUUAGUUCCCAAAGGUCUGGCAGAAGAUCAGUACCUUUAAAUUACAAGCUUCGUGCCAAAUUCCUCUGUGUGUGUGUGUGUGUGUGUGUGUGUGUGUGUGUGUAAAACUCCACUUUCUGAGGCCCCAUCUGCCCUCUUAUAUCACUUUAAACAGCCGUGGCUUUCCACGAAGAAUUCUGGGAACUAUCGUUUGUUAAGGGUGCUGAGAGUUGUUCCCCUUCACGGAGCUACAAUUCCCAGAGUGGUUUAACAAUCAAUCCCUCUUCCCAGGGAGCUCAGGGAAUUAUUGCUGUACAAGGGGAAUAGGAGUCUCCUCUUGACGAGAGUGCAGCAAGUUUAAAAGCUGUGUGUGAGACUGUUGCACAGGAUUAGUCUCUUGAGAAGUACCUGACUACCGUAACUAUGGGAAUUCCGGCCAAUGGCGUUUGUUUCUUGACUUGAGCUGAUAUGGGAUCUCAACCAAACUGAGGAUGUAGAUGAUAUGAUUCUAUGGUGCUCCUCUGAAACACCAGCCUUGUUAAUGUUAUUUUAUUGCAUCUCCUGGGUUCUCAACUUAUUUGUCAUCUGAUUAAAUUAGAUUACAUUUUAGUCACAUGAGCUUCAGUCAAUAAACUGAAUAAAUCUGCAUAUGUGAAAAACAAUAAUUGUGAUGAAGAAGAUAUUAUUAUUAUUUCUUUCAUAUUGGGUUGGAAGGGCUCAAUAUGUUGCUGCAACUCCCAUCAUUCCUGACCAUUGGCAAUCCUGCUUGAGGCUGAGUCCAACAGCAUUGCAGAACUGCAGGUUCUCCAAUCCAGCUUAGAAGAUACAUCUUUCCUUCUCUCUCCCCGCCAAGGGAAUGCUUUAUAUUUGCAGACCAACUGUUUAAUAAGGGCAUUGCUUUUAUCAAUAAAAAAGAGCAACCAAUCAAUAGACUAAACAUGGGAACCCUUACAUUUUCCUUCCUUUUCAGGAGCGGACAGAUGAGAGCUCUUCUGAGGACAAGCGCAUCCAGUGGGCUGAUGGCUUUGUCUUGGUCUACAGCAUCUGUGACCGAGCCAGCUUUAACAGUGUGCAACCCAAAAUCCAGUUCAUCAAGGCAGCCAAGGAAGGACCAGCCCAGGAGAAAGUGCCCAUUGUCAUUGUGGGCAACAAGCGAGACUUGCAUCACCGGCGCACGGUCUCCAGCGAGGAGGGCAGGCUCCUGGCUCUCUCCUUAGACUGUGAGUUCUAUGAGGUGUCAGCAGCAGAGGCCUACCACGGGGCCCUCGUGGUCUUCAACAGCCUGGCGGAACGCAUCUGCGAGGCCAAACUCGCCGUGAAGAAGGGCACUGGUAUCCGUAGCAUCGUGAAGAGCGUGUCUGCUGUGUUUGCCCGGAAGAGAACAGACUCCAUGUGAGACAUGGUGGAAGCUGGUCCGCCAGGGCGAACAGGGCACUGCCCCACUAACCUCAGUCUGCUCUCAGCCAGCUCCCGCCUGCCUGCCUGCCUGCCUGCCUUCUUAUGUACGACCCAUCAGUACAGGCUCGGACUGUCAGUGGCUGUGGCGCCACCUACUGUUGGUCUCCUUGCCUUCUGCCCUUCCAGUCCCAAUGGGCACCCACCACCACUAGUGAGAUGGACUGAGAAUAUGAGAAACACCAUGGCAUCCAGCCUUCACUGCCUGGAGUAGGGUAUCUCAUUCUUCUAACCCUGCUCCAGAGGCAAGAGUCUGCAGGGCAAUGCGACUCAAUAGGCAAUAAAGUGAUUCCUUGUGGUGUUGAAAUACAAGAGGUGCCAGGCUGCCCUUAAGGGGGGAUGAACGUUCCCUUCCCCCUGAACUUUCACACAGUAGGAAUUGGGUCAGGGGCAGCUAGCUUCUUGCCCAAGACCCUUGAUUUAAGCUGGAGGGGGGGGGUCUGCAUUUCAAUCUCCUGUAUUGAUGCACGAGAGCUGCUAUAAAACCUUGGUUUUUGCACAGGGCCAUAUCUCUAGACCAGCCAUUCUCAACCUUGGAUUCCUAGAUGUUGUUGGACUACAACUCCUAUCAUUCCUAGCCAGCAUGGCCAGUGUUCAGGGAUGAUGGGGGAGGUAGUUCAAGAGCCCCUGAGAACCCAAGAUUGAAAAAAAGGCUGUUUUGGACCGAUGGCCCAAAGAGACAAUGGUUGCAUCCACACCAUAUUUUUAAUUCAUAUUUAAAGUGUGCCCUCGCCCUGCAAAGAAUACUGGGAACUGUAGUUUGCUUGGGGUAUUGGGAAUUGUAGCUUUUUGAGGGGUAAAUGACAACUCCCAUGAUUAUUUGGGUUUGGGCCAUAAACAUGCUUUAAAUGUGUGGAUGCGACCGUCCAACAUCUUCAUUUUACACCCCAUGGCACAGAUGGGAAUUUCACUCAAUGUAUGGGAUUGCAAAUCUCAUUGUCAGCUCUGGAAUAGGAAUAACUCUGUACAGAGCUAUCUUACACUGAGUCACCCACCUGGCCCAGUACAUCCUAAUUUGGCUUGCUGGCAACAACUCUUACAGAGGAUUCCCCAGGUCUGCUACCCAAGAGCCUUUAACUGGAGAGGCCAGGGAUUCAGGUGACUUCAGCAUGGUCCCCUCUGGUGGUCCUUCCUCUGCACUGGUGGCCACCAACAGGCUUAUCAGCGCUGCUGCAGGCCCUGGGGCAGGGGUUGGGUGUGCCCCGCCAUUUUAAUUUCCAGUCGUGCCCCUGAGCAACGUUAUGGGGCGUUGUGGGAAAUUAAAACCCAGCUGCGGUCUCCAACACUGGUGGGGCUGCUUGGUGAUGCUGGACCUGAACAGUAGAAUCUGGGACUUUAUUCAUGCAAAGCAUUCCCAUCUCUUAAGCUCCGUGGAGGCUGAAUGGGGCAAGCUUAUAUGGUAUGAUCUUAGCCUCUCCCUGUUCACGUUGGUGUCGAGUCCUCGCUCCUCCCGCCUUGGUAACAGCAGCUUGGAAGAAGCAUACUGUCAGCUGUGUGUUCUGAGCAAAGAGGCAAGAAUCUUUGCCAAGUCUUCCUCCAGCCUCCGGUUCUGUCUUGCUUGCUUUCGACUUGACUGCUUUACUGCUGAGCUACAGCGAUGUGAGUAGGUGCCUGGAACUCCAUGUCCUAAUCAGCCACCCCUCCCUCCCGAUCCGUUGGCUGGCAGCAGGCAGCUGCUGUUCUUAAGUGAUGUACAGCACACGCCUGUGCAAAGGGAGACAUGGCUUCCUUCCAGGGCCUUGUGUGGGUGUGGUAGGUCUUAAAUAGCCCGAUCCCAGAGAGGAGCUGGAGCUUGUCUUCUGCUGGAAAAUUGUCCCCGGGGCCCCUAAGAAGCGAUGGAAAGUGCAAGGAAUUGGGAGCAGUCGACUCCUCUGGCAGAGAAAGGAGGUUGCAAGGAGAUGAUCUGCCCUUUCACCCUAGAUGCACAGAUUGGGUUGGGCAGUGGCUGUUCAGUGCAGAGGGAGAAGCACUCGAUAUGCGCUAUUGAAAACAAUCCUUUGCAUGCAAAGGAAACCAAUUCCCAGUUAGCAGCCUAGUGGAGAGAAGUUACAAGGUCUACCUGGAGUUGGUUUCUUUGGAAUGAGAUCGCGGUAUACAUGGUGUUGAACUUCAGCUCCCAUCAGCUCCAUCGGCCGGUCAUCACGAACUGGAGCUUUUGUCCAGCAAUACCUGGGGGGCGGGCAGGAUUCUCCACUUCUGUUCUAGUGUUGCAGCCUACAACUGUUGUUUCCACAAAGCAUAGCCACUUCCUGAAUAUAUGUGUGUAAUUUCAAGUCACUACCAUGUGCUCCUCUUUCUACGGUGAGCUGAGAAGGCUGAGUGUGUAAAUAAGACGGAUGUGGCUGUUUCUAGACUCAUUUCUGUGCUGGUACUUUGCUUUUGUGCACAAGGGAGUAAAAUAAACACAGAUGCACCUCUUGUUC